AUGUGUGGGAUGGAACUGGUUACGUGGGGAGUGGAGGGGGGGUGGGUGGUGUGGGGUAAGGUCGGAGGGAUGGUACGGGGGGUUGGGGUUUGUAAGUGGAUGUGGGGGGGGGGGGGGGUUGUUGGUGUUGUGGGAGGUGAGUUGGGGGGGUUGUGGUAUGGGGUGUUUGUGAUGUUGAGGUAUUGGGGCGAGCGUGUUCGAAGGUGUUGUUGUUUGUUGGGUGUGGGGUGUGUGUUGGGGUGGGGUGUGUGGGUUGGGGGUGGGUUUGGGGGGUGUGGGGGGUGGGUUGGGGAUGUGGGGUGGGUGGUUUGGGGUGGUUGUGUUUGGUGGUGGGUUGUGUGGUGGGUGUGGGGUGGUGUUGGUGGGGGUGUAGUGGUGUUGUGGGGGGGGGGGGGGGGUUGGUCGGGGGGGGGGGGGGGGGGGUGUGUGGGUGUGUGGUUGUGUCGGGUGUGGUCAUCUGAUUGGGUGGAUGGGUUGGUGUGUUUAACUGGUUUGUUGGUUGGGUUGGUUGUGGUUGUGGGUUUUUUUUUGUUUUGGUGGUUGGAGUGUCUGGUGUUGUUGGGCAUGUUUGUGUGGUUUUGGGGGGAGUGUCGAGGGUGGGGGGUGGGGUCUUUAUGCGAGCGGGGUGCGGUGGUGAAAGGGGGUGGGAAGUGGGGAUGUGAGGGGUGGGGUGGGUGGGUUUUGGUGGGGGGGACGUGUACAGUUGUUAGUGUUGUUUUGUUUGGGAAAGUGGGUGGUGUGAUGGUGGGUCGUGAGGUUUUGGCGGGUGUUGCCGCUGUGGGGGAUAGGCUUGUAGUUGUGGGUUUUGGGGGUGGUGGGUGGGGUGCGGUUGUUGUUUUUUGGGUAGGGGAUGUGCGGGGGUUUGGUGGGUUUUUCUUGGGAUGUGUUGUGGUUGGGGCGUGGUGCUGGAUCAGAAGUUAUGGUGUAGGGGGGUUUGAGAUCGGGAGUUGGUUGGGUGGGGGGGUUUGUUGGGUUGGGGGUGAGGGUGGAGUGUGUGGGGGUUUGGGUAGGGUUUGA